CUCUGUGGUAUAAAUACCAGAUGGCUCUACAUUCUCAACAUCUAAAUACUUUUAUUGAAAUCUUUUGGUACUCAACAUGCAAAAUCUAUUGAACCUUAGAGGAUCUAAAGGCAGCUCUGGCGGCGGUGGAAUUGCUGACGAUCCUAUGGGAUUCGCAUCUCAUGCCAGUUCAGAUGUUAAGCAAGCACAAACUAUGAAGAAAAUCAACGAUGUGAUUCCCGGAGAUACCAAACAAAAGAUGGCUAUCAUGAACAGAAUUAACGAUGCUACCGGUGGUAAUGCCAUGAAGGCAGUUAUGGAAAUCAAAGACAGCUCCUCCUCUCCUGAAGAAGCUUUCAGCAAAAUUCAAAGCCGAUUCAAAAUAUAAACAUGACUCCAGAACAACCGUCGCAUCAUUGUUGGCCAAUUUAUAAAAAAUAUCCGACUGACUUCACGAUUCGUUUAAGAAACGCAGCCUUCAUUAAUUAAUGACACUUGUUAUGAUAGGUAAAGCCAAAUGAUAUUGAAACCAACUUUCGUUUGUGCUUAAGAAAAAGAGCAACUUUAUAAAUAAAGAAGUAGUGU